UGAUUCAUUAUUCGAAUUUUCAAAUUCUGCCGUAUCUUGGAGUUGAACUCGGCUUCGGUACGAUGGAAAAGUGUGACAGCUCCAGGUCUCAUUGUUACCGUAAAGAAUGGACUGAUCUGUGAAUGUCGACACUAUCACAUGCCGGUAUUAGGAAGCCUCGCUGCCAAGAUGAUGAAGCUUUCAACCAUAUUGAUGGUUUUCUCUAGUACAGCCGUUUUAUGUGUGGGAUGUUUGGAUACUGCUUCAGCUUACGUCGGCACGAGACCACCAUCUGGGCAGUCAAAAAGAGUUUCUCAGACGUUGCGGUCCUCCGGAUCUUCCGACGGUGAUCGUCAAUUUAGUGCCAAACCUAUUUUGGUGGUAGGUGCUACUGGCCGUGUAGGACGUCGUGUGGUGCAGCAGCUGAUGGCGCAAAAUCGUCCAGUUCGGGCGGUAGUGCGAAACGAACACAAGGCUCAACAUCUGUUCGGCACAAUGACAUCCCUUCAGUACCCGCAGUUGGAAAUAAUCAAGGCCGACCUGAGCCGUUACGAAGAAUAUGAAGAAGUUUUGGACAAAGCCGUAAAAGGUUGCGAAAGCAUCGUUUCCGUAAUGGGCGUAGUACGCUUUGCCAAGCUAGGAGAUUUUUUGCCUUGGCGCUUGUUUCGAUUGGACGCCGCCUGGGCGGACCGCAAACAUCCCUACUACGGCAAUUAUAUGGCACAAAAAUACCUUAUUUCUCUCGCUGAGAAGCACAAUGUGAAACGUUUUGUAAGACUGACAGGGCUGGGAUUGGCAUACUCUGCAUUCAACCCUUUCAGCGUUUUGUUCAAUACACUUUUGUCAGUGAACAAUCGAUGGGGGCUUCUGUGUGAACAAGCUUUGUUCGAUUCGAAAGUUCCCUACGUUGUGUUGAGGCCCGGCGGUCUUGCAGAGGACGAGCGAGAAUUGUCUACUACGAACUUACAGGUGGACGCUUCCGGGAUGUUGCCAUUGCCAGGCCGAGUCGGACGGAGCGACGUAGCUGCCUUGGCUAUUGCUUCAGCUGACUUACCGACAACAGCUCCUAGCUACACAUUGGCUUGUCGAUGGUGCGGCGAAGGAAUCAAGCCGAAACCUCAAGGCUACAAAGAAGAAGGGUUUGCUUCCGCCCAAGAGUGUUUGGACACUGUUUUGGCGUCAAAGGUGACUUCACCUUCGCCGCCACGGAUGAAGCCCUAUGGGGUUGCGGUAGGGAUUACAGCCUACGCCGCUGGAGCUUUAUCACUUAAGCUUGCAACCAUGCUGUGGAAGGUGAUUGCUAGGCUAUUUCGAGUAUGA